AUGAAGAACAACAACAACAACAGGAACAUUAUGAAGAUGAGUUCGGCACAAGAAAGUGGUAAUGGUACUACUAACAUCGUGAUCACAGAGACGAGGAAUAAGAAGGUAGAGAGGAACACAUCAAUGGACGUGGACCAAUGCGCGGAAGCUUUCAUCACAAAUUUCAGAAAGCCGCUUCUUCUACAGCGUCUGGAAUCCAUCGAAAACAUGCUCUCUAGGGGGCUUUAA